UGACACGGAAGAGUUUGAAGAAAACAGAACAUGUGGCUGUCAAAGUGGAAACAUUUUCCACAAACAACAUUAGUCAUUUGGUUGAAUUAUAAAGAAAGACCUUAGCAACAGAAUCAGUGAAGAAUGAAGAUGGCAAAAAACAUGUGCAACAGUGAAGGAAACUUAGAUGACACAGAAUUCAGCAAACCUAUGCCAUGGAUAGGAAUCUACAUAGCAAUAGCAUCACUUCUCUGUCUCAUUUCAAUGUCUGCAGAUCUCAUCAAAGGUUUCAAAGCUCGCAAACUAUGGUUCCCUUGCAAAUAUUUUUGUCUUAAUGCAACUUCCUUAACCAUAAUCGCCGUUACUGUUAAACUCUCCGUUGAUCUUAACACUCCUAUGCCUCAUCGUCAUGAUCAGCUAGCAAAACUUGCUAGCAGUGCUAUAAUCUGCACAAUCAUGGCUAAUUCUAUGCCUUCGCUUGGUGUAACACAGAACAAAGAAACCAUGAUGAAUGUUAUGGCUAUGGCUAUUUUAGUGAUUACAAUGAUUGUUAAUAUUUGUAUUCAGUUUGUAACUGGUGUUAUUUAUGAGUUUUGGGUUGAACAUGGUGUUAUGAUGUUUCUUAUGAUUGUUUUGUUGAUGAUUAUGACUUCUUCUGCUUUGUGUUUACCAAAGAUGAAACAUUACAUGGAGUUGAAGUAUCAGAUGAAUGAAGAAGCUUUGAGAGAAAUUUCAAAGCAAAAAGAACAAGAAUUUAGUAAUGUUACUGAUCAACUAAGAGAUGAAUUGAUGAAAUUUUGGAUGAUGGCUCAUACUAGUAGUCCUCAAUUUCUACUUGGAAGGUCAGUUUCAUGUACUGCUUCUGGUGCUUUCUGUGUUUUGAGUACUUUGACUUUAUUGGAAGCGAUGCUUCGAUCUUAUUUCAUGCCUUGGUCGGUUAAAUUUUGUGCCGGUGAAUGUGAUUAUAAGUGGUCUACAAUCUUGAUUCUUAUAGUUCAAGUUGGUGCUGUUGGUUUUGGUAGCAUUGCUCCUGCUUUUCGAUGGUUUGUUGCUGUUAAAUAUAGAUGUCCAAAUGUGCGAAAAAGGAGCUGCAAGACAAUUUUACAAGUGGAGAGUUAUUGGACUGAUCGUUUAGUAAUAAUUCGAGACAGUCCAAUUAGUUUUCGGAUUCAUAAUCGGUGGUUUAGGAAGUUGGCUCAUGAUGUCAAACUGUUUCUGUUAUGUUUCUGUAUUAAACUACAGAUUGGGAUUGUGAGGUUGUGUAAAGUUGCACAAUAUGUUUCAAUUUACCCUAUGUGUUGGGUUUUGGGAUUCUGUGAGUAUUGCAUGACUUGGACCUUGAAAUUUGGUUCUAGCUCUUCGAGUUUAGGAUCAGGCACAAAGCAGGAUCUACGACGGUUUAUUCUGCAUCUCGAAGGCGAGGAAGAGUUGGUUGAGGUGAUGAUGAAAGAAAAUUGCGAUGCAACUAUUCAUUGGGUUCAACAUGGUGAAAAACAGCAGCCAAAACUUGUUAUGGAGUUAUUGGAGAAAAAAUGUUCAAUGUUGCAAGGAUUUAAAGGUGUUGCAGAAUUUGAUUGUGAUCAAAUUCUACCUUUACAUGGUGUUGAACCUCCUCCAUAUAGUUGGUCACUUCCUAUUGUGACACUAGCAAGCAUUAUAAUUGCUUUGCCAAAUCUUGAGAAGUGUUUGGUGAAAAGUUUCAUUAGUACUCUAAAUGAAGGGCUACCCUAUGUGAAGUUCAUAGAAGACAACAUUGACAAAGAUGAAAAAUUGAUUAGAGUUAGGAAAGCAGCAGGAAUUGUGUGGCUUGGAGCUGAUCUUUAUGGAAAGUGGCUCGAUGUUGACCUUUAUAAACUCUCUCUUCAAAAUAAGAGCCUCAAAGAAACACUUGAGACGCUAGCCGAGUGUGCAAAAACAAGGUAUGAGAAAUAUAAAGAAAAAUAUAAUGACAUAUGUAUUAAGGAAAGUCCUUCAGCAUGGCCUAAAAAAGUAUUGGCUUCUAAUGCAAUGUACAGAAUAACCAAAACCAUUCUUCUGUUGAAUCAAGAUGUUGUAAGAGGCCAUAAUGCUAGUGAGAAGCUGUUUGAAGUUUUGAUAGUGAUGAUUUCUGAUAUAUUGGGUGCAUGUUUAACAAACUUGCCUCAUGUGAUAUCCACAAAGUGUUUGAGUACUAGUAUUGAAGAGAGGGAGGAUCGUGUUAGACAAGCGGUUUAUAUUCUAGGUAAAACAAAGAAGAUUAUAGAAAUGCUUGAAAAGAGAGCUUUUCCUAGAGUGAAUUUUUGCCGCGGGACUAAUGUUGAAGAUUGGCGUUUAAUGCAUAAGCAGAAGCGUUUCUGUUAUCCCUCUGUACUGUCUUCAGUGGAGGAGAAUGAUGCCUACACAGAUCCUUCAAAAUUAAGGGAUAUUUGCAUAAAUAUUGAGUAAAAGCUAGAGGUACUGAUAGUUUUAGAAUUUUGUACACAGAUUGUUAAAAAAGCUUAUAGUUUUUGUUUCAUGUAUGUAUAAAGUUUGUAGAUUGAUGAAGUUAUAUUAUGAGGUAAGAUCUACAA